UGAGAUAUCCCCUCACGCGUGCGUGCGCACGCACACACGCCGCUGCGUAACCUACCAGCUACCCUCCGUUAACCCCAAUCUCGAGCAUCCCUCUCUGAUCCUCGAGACCUCCCAGAAUGCUCUCUCUUCAAUCCCCGCAGGGGCCUAGUCCCCCAGGCGCUGUCGAUGGGCCCGGCGAUGUCAAGCAGCCAAAGCCCAAAACUCUGCCUUGCCGUUUCUGCGAUAAGUGGUUCAGGCGAGUGGAACACGUGCAGAGGCAUGAGAGGACACAUACCAAGGAGAAGCCGUUCGCCUGCACCUGGGACAGCUGUGGAAAGAGUUUUGGCAGAAGGGAUCUCCUCGUCCGCCACGAGAAACUUGUGCAUCUCAAUGAGGGGAACAAAGAUGGCGCUCCAAGCACCACCACACGGCAGAGAAAGGCGUCGACAGCGACGCAGGCGAGCCCAACCAAGAGCCAGCCCGACACCGAUAUGCUCGGUAUGCAAGCACAGCAUUCCCAGCCGCACUUUGCACCAGCUUCCGACACCACGAUGUCUGCUGUGGUCUCCUCUCUCCCCCCAGACUCUCGCAUCGCACCAAGAGCAGCUGCAGCAUGCAAUCUCGAUCUUUUGUCUGACGCGGCGACCCACCUCGCUACAGCUGGUGAUGUGAACAAUAUGCAGGCCAUGAUACCCGACAUAAGCCAGGCACCGCCUACCCUAGGUCGAGUCGACGGCCUGCCAUCAUACAAUGACCCGCCCUUUCCGAUCACCACAGCAUCAUUCCCGGUCACGUCGGCCCCUUUUACCAUGAAUGCGGGACCCCCGCCGCCCCCAUUCGAAAGCUACGACCUCUUCAUGGACGACAUCGGAUCGCAGUCACACUUCUUGCCAGCUGGGGUGGACGCGGAUCAGCCCUUCGGUGUUUGGCCUCGCGGCACGAACUCUGUCUUCCCGUCCCGAUUCCCUUCGCUCGCACCGGAGGCUUCGACAGACGGUGUCAAUCGGCUGCAGGAGGACGGGAUGAAAGCUCCGGCAUGGAGGAUCUCGGCUAAUGACCAUGGGAUCAUCAAGAACCGCCUAGACGAAUUCUCAAGUGUCCUCCCCAACGACUUCGUCUUCCCGUCGCGACAUACCUUGACUCGAUAUCUCGAGGGUUAUAUCAGCGGGUUCCAAGAGCACCUGCCGUUCUUGCAUAUCCCGACACUGUCCCCCACCGAAAUGGCGCCUGAGCUACUUCUUGCAAUCGCCUCGGUGGGUGCACAAUACAGGUUUGAGAGCCACCGCGGCCAUGCUCUCUGGUAUGCCGCAAAGGCAGUUGCUCUAGAGCAGAUUCGAAGGCGUCAUAGCCAUGAGAUCCACACACUGCUGCCCACCCCAGCUGCCUACAGUCCUCAUUCGACACGAGCAUCGCCCAGUUCCGGGUUUCGACACUCCUUCAAUUCCGUGCAUUCAGACCGGCCGAUGACGCAGGAGACUCACCGUGAGCCAUAUUCUCCUAAUACUUUUCAGUCGCGUCUAGAGACCAUUCAGGCACUCCUGUUGUUGUUCUCCGUCGGUCUCUGGGGCGCCAAAGCCAUCCUACAAGAUGCCCUGUCCCUGCAGAGUCAGCUUGCCCUUCUCAUUCGAGACGAGGGCCUGACCCAGGAGCCUACCCAGGUCAAUGAUUGGGAUGCUUGGGUGAAAUACGAAGGGAGCAUCCGGACCAAGCUCAUUGCCUACUGCUACUUCAACCUGUGCAGCAUCGCAUACAACAGCCCACCCGUGUUGGUGACCUCAGAGAUCAAUAUGACACUUCCCAGCCCUUCUAGACUGUGGCGAGCAGAGAACACAUGGCAAUGGCGCGAAGCCAAGCAGUCGAUCCCUCAUUCCAACAUAACCCUCCAAGACGCCCUGACGAGACUUCUCAGUCGACCCAAUGGCGGGUCACUCAGUGAUCUCUCGACAUUGGGAAAUUACGUCAUGAUCCAUGCCUUGAUCCAGCAUAUCUACCUGCUGAAGCAGACCACGUUCGCGCUGCCUCAGAGUCCAUUCAUCGCCGCCGUGGCAUUCGACAAUAGCGGUCUCAGAGAGCAGGAUGUCGACCAGAUCAGCGGUGCACUCCGUAGCUGGCAAAUAGGCUUCGAAGAGCACCGUCUUCGGAUCACGCAAUCUGCCCAGCAGAUGGGCAGUGAGAAUACCCCGGGUGGCCCAGUGGCCUUCGACGCCACGGCACUGUCCCGCCUUGCCCAUAUCCGUCUACAUACCGACCUCAUUCCCGCCCGUGCACUCGAGAGCCGUGAUCCCUAUGUGGCUGCUAGCAUUUUCAACAACAUGCCACUCCUGCCCCGUGGCCAACGUCUCAAUAAGGCCAUCUUGCAAGCAGUGCAUGCACUUUCGAUGCUUGUCAAGGCUGGCAUCAACUACAUUGCCAGGACAAAGUCUCUAGAGUGGAGUAUCCAGCAUUCUCUGUGCAAUCUGGAGUGCGCUGUGCUCCUUGCCAAGUGGCUGAUCACUCUUGCAUCGAUGAGCCCAACCCAGAUCCUGACAACAGAGGAAAAGACCAUCCUGUCCUCUAUCAAGACCAUUGUCGAUGAGACUGAAUAUGCUGUUCCCAUUGACCCGUCUUUGGCUGCAGUCUCUGGGUCUGCUGAGCCAAUUCAGCUGACAACGCAGCAGCAGCACAGAGGUGAAGUGUCGCUCAGUGACUCGGCCAAGUUGCGCCAGCUCGCCUCAGCUGUGCUGCGUAUCUGGGCCAAGACCUUCAAGGGGGACCACAUCUUCGAGCUUGUCAAGACUAUGGGCCUUGGGUUGGAGGUUUACUCCAACAUCCUUGACAAGCCUAGAGACCAAGGCCCCUUGGGGCGAAUGUCCAAUGCAGGUUUGGAGUAGCACAGCCAAUAUGUGAUCAAACUGCCUGACACCAAGAGGAGCAAGACAUGGAGCACCUUUGUCUGCAAGGCAGAGUCGGGUGGAGGGCGACAUCACCAUAAUCAAAGGGGAGAAGGAGGAGAUGACUAGAGGGUUCGUAAUGAAUGACAGGAUCCUAUGUCCAUUGAUGACUCGGUUUUGUGGUGUUUUUUCUUCUUCUGGAAUUUUCACAGUAUCAGUAUGGAAUGACUUGUGUUUGGGAAAGAAGGGCUGGUGGGUAAAAUACCUAAUUGGAACAUUGGCUAGGGGUAGGAAACUGAUGAUUCUAUUAUGCGUGUUUGUUUUUAGGCUCUUUGCUGCCCUCAAAAAGAAUGUCGUUACACCGCCUCUGGCCCCUCUCAUCUGGGACCACUAACACCUAUGGACAUCCAUGCUAUUUAUCCCCAUCAGGUGAAUAGUUAGCAAGAUCAAAUUUGUCAACGUCAUUUAUGUGUG